GCAUAUACGAGCUAGGUGUAUUGCUAUAUUAUGCUAUACAAUACUAUAGUAUUUGCUUCCCCUACAACUCUAAAAGUCUUUUGCGUCUUUGUUCUUGUACCUAUAUCUACAACUAUAACUACUACUCUAUUCCUACAUCUAUUCUACGUCUACAAACAAAUCAUGUCUCGCGUUGUCCCCCAAGGUCCGUGGAUUACCAAACUAGAUUGGGAUCUAUACGCAACACACGAUGGCGAGAUCCACGUUCCCUUUCGUCACCAUGUUCAACCAAGAGACAUGCACCAACCAACUAAGAACUUCCGACGGUUUUUGCAGCUACCUACAGAGCUGCAGAUAGCUAUCUUUAGUCACUGCGAUAGUGCGGUGCUGUUCCAGCUUAUGCACGUAUCGUCCAGGACGCGCAAAGAGGCAAAGAAGUUGUUUUGGUCCUGCCCUGACGCAUGGUUUCAGAUCGAUGGGAGGUGGUUGCUGGCGGGUGGAUUCUCUGGCCACACCUACAACGAUCUAGAUUUUCUAGCCUGCGCAAGGCAGAUUGAAGUAGAUUUUAACGGGUGCGGGCCUCUCACCCAUAACGCAUGGGAGGAUGGCAUACAACAGUAUGCCAAACGCCCUCCAGAUCAUAUCCGGGACCAGCAAAUAUACAGGUUCUGGCAGACACUGCAAUGGCGAUUUCCCUGCGCAACCGACGUUGUCUUGAGUGGGCUUAGUGGGGAGGAUGCAGGCGUAGCCCCGCCCGCGGAUUAUAUGACAGUAGCAGAGAAAUGCCCCUCUCGCAUUCGCGCGUCUGUCUCUUGUCGUCAACGGGUGGCCGGACACCCUUCCCGAGCAACUAGGACUUUAUGGCGCCUGUCUUAUCCUAGCUAUGGUCAAUCACAAGCCUGGGAGGUAGCCACUCUGUAUUGGACAAGACAAUGCGUGCUUCCACCGCCCAAAACGUUUCGUGGUCCUGUAGGGGCAUUCUGCCGCAUCCAGUACCACAGUAGCCACUACUUUUACAGGCACUUUGCCAUUAGAGCACUCUCUAUCCAGGCUAUCAAGGCAUAUUAUCUACAAGACAGUCAGAAGCCGUGUGUCUGUCCUAUAUCGGGAUGCGGUCUACAGUUUGAGCUGCCAGGCCAGUGGGCUGCUCAUGCGAUUGAUACCGGGCACUAUAACAACAUUACCUUUCCUAGUAGGCAGCUUCAGACGUCGUUCAAGGAUCACUCGGCUAGGAUAGAGAGCCUAGAGCAAAAGUAUGCAGACGCAAUGGCAGAGCUGCAGAUAGCGUGGGGCAAGGAAGGCAGCAAUCAGCGUGCUAAUGCGGAACAAGCAUUCCUCUCUCAACUACAGCACGAUCCGCUGUAUAUGCACGAGAAACCCCCAGAAGAGAGUUUCAUGUGGCUAGACUAUAAGGAAAAGAUGAACAAACAUGCUGAGCUAGAACUAGAGUCAUAGAUAGUACAGCAUAGACAUGAUCCUGUUUACUACGAAUUUGUGCUUAUAUUAGGUACUACUAUUCUACAAAAACUUCUAUCGUAUACGUACGCUACUUAGCCAAAAUCUAUGUAAUUCGGUUGCGGCAGCGAUACUUACACUACCUUGUUAUCUACAAUAUGUACGCCCCGUCCUUGUAAUCUACUAUAUGAGGUAGUGCUGUGUUACUACCAACGCUAUGCGUAUUAUAAUGGUGUGCCCGUUGUUCACUAUGGCUCUUCUCACGGGCGACCCGCCAUUCAAAGCUGCUGUUACAGCGCGUGCAGUCCAGCUGACGCUCAUGCCCAUCGCAGAGCCAACGACUACCAGUGAUCCUUGGUAC